AGCUGCUUUUUUCCUUCCUCGCAUUUGUUUUUCUCUGGAUUCAAAUUGUGUCGGUGGUUUAGUUUUAGUUUUUCUUUUGUUUCCUAAUUAUUUUUCUUUUCGUUGUUAAAUUUUUGCAAAAUGCCUGCUCCACACAAUUCGGACUCUGUAAACUCACCAACUCCUCAAACUAAUUGUGAAACACAAGAGGAACUUUUAUCCUGCCAAGAGACUCUAGAUCGUUCUUCACCUACUCUAUGGCCUCAACCAGUUCCCGGUUUGUUGGACUUCAUCAAGAAAAGUGAACCCGAAUGGAAACUUGGUGAAUGUGAAUGGGAUCUGUCAGAAUUGGAUAGAUUGGAAACUGAAGAUUAUGAGUCAAUUUAUUAUUUCCGUGAGUCGAAACCUCUUCAAUUGUUGGAGCAAAUUCAAGAAAUUAAUGAUUACGCAUAUCAAUUGGAUCUUGAAGAAUCGAGGGAAGUUAAUCGUGGAAUCAUUUUGAAUAUUUUUGACAAUCAUCAUCAACCAGAGACAGAUAACAAUUGAAUCACAAACUCGAUGUUUAAACGGCGAUUCGGGUGAAAAUAAGAAAAAUUUUCUUGUUUAAUUUCAAACAAUAAAACAAGAUUUAAAAUA